AUGGGCAAGGUUAAGUCCUCCAAGGCCUCCAAGGCCGAGUCUACUCCCCUCAAGGCCGUCAAGGCUGGCGGCGUCACCAAGGCCUCGCAGACUCCCAAGGCUGUCUCCAAGGAGAUUGCUAAGAAGGCUGCCAAGGCUCUUGAUAGCAAGAAGAAGCGCAAGGAGAAGGCCACCAAGGCCACCAACGGAAAGGCCGCCAACGGCAAGACCAACGGCAAGCCUGCCGCUAAGGAGGCCAGCUCUUCCGAGUCUGACUCCGACUCUGACUCUUCCGACUCUGACUCGGACGAGGAAAUGACUACUCCUAAGAAGCCCGCCACCAACGGCAAGGCCAAGGCUGCCGCCAAGGAAGACUCGUCCGACUCUUCUGACUCUUCCGAGUCCGAGGCUGAGGCGAAGCCCACCAAGGCCAAGGCCAAUGGUGCUAAGGCGGCUAAGGAGACCAAGGCUGCCAGCUCCGACUCCGACUCUGACUCCGACUCCUCUGAAGAUGAGGAGAUGGAAGAUAAGGCUGCUGCCAAGGACGACGCCGAGGAAGCUCCCAAGAAGCGAAAGCUCGAAGAGGCUGAGGACUCCUCUGCCAAGAAGGCCAAGACUGACGGCGAGGCCGAGCAGCCCGCUGAGAACUCCACCAUGUGGAUUGGUCAGCUCAGCUGGAACAUUGAUGAUGAGUGGUUGAUGGAGGAAUUCAAGCAGUGCGAGGGCCUCACCGGCGCUCGUGUUGCUGCCAAGAGCGCGCUCGAGUCCAUGCAGGGCAAGGAGAUUGAUGGCCGCGCCAUCAAGCGACAUUGCCCCCGCCCGCAACAACGACACCCCCGACCUAACCGUGCCCAGGACAGGGCCAAGAAGCACAACGAUGUUGUCAGCCCGGAGAGCAGCACGCUCUUCGUUGGCAACAUCCCCUUCGGCAUCAGCCGAGACGAGGUCUGGGAGUUCUUUGCCGAGGGCAUCGAAGUCAAGAACGUCAGGCUGCCCACCAACCCUGAAACUGGUGAGCUCAAGGGCUUCGGAUAUGUCGAGUUCAACUCCGUCGAUGAUGCCAAGUCUGCUUUUGAGAGCAAGAACGGCGCCUACCUUGGACCCGGCCGUGCUGCCCGUGCCCUUCGUCUUGACUACGCCCAGGCGCGUGACAACGAUGGUGGCAGUGGCGGUGGUCGUGGCGGUGGCCGUGGCGGCUUCGGUGGUGGCUUCGGUGGCCGCGGUGGUGGCCGUGGUGGAGGUCGUGGUGGUAACUUUGGUGGUCGUGGCGGCGGUGGACGCGGUGGAUUCGGAGGUCGUGGUGGUGGUCGCGGCGGUGGCCGUGGCGGCUUUGGCGGUAACCGUAUUGAUGCCAAUACCUCGUCGGAGAACAAGAUCACCUUUGACGACUAA